UCAGGAGAGAAGACUUCCUGUGUGCAUUUUUCAGGCGCGAGAUUUUGAACUGUUUUUAACCUCAAAAGGACUCGGAGGCCCUACACAGCUGCAGCCAUCUGAAUCUUUUUUAUUCAGUAAUUCAAUCAGUCUCUAAAACGCUUGCAAAGAUGUCAAAUGAAAAUCAGGAAAACUCUGGCGAGGAAGAAUUGCACAGCCCCAUAACAAAUAUGCUUUUGACGCGACAAAACAGAUUUGAAAGACUUGAUUUAAAUCGUGUUAAUUCGAGGGUGAGUUCUCAACACCGAGCACCUUUGGGCGAUAUCACCUCAGUUAGCAAUGUCAUCAGUGAAAACAACAGCACUUACGGCCCUAAAACAGACAAACCAAGAACAAUUGUUAUUGAGGGCAACAUUGGCAGUGGAAAAUCAACACUGCUCAAGUAUUUUGACCAGAAGAAAGGGAUUGAGGUCUUUCCGGAGCCCGUCCGCAAAUGGCAGGAUGUCCGCGGCACCAACAUGCUGGACCUGCUGUACCAGGACCCCAGCCGUUGGAGCUUUGCAUUCCAGUCUUACGUCCAGUUCACCAUGCUGCAGGUGCACCAGGCUCCGACCAGCCGGCGAGUCAAGAUGAUGGAGCGGUCCUUGCACAGCUGCAAGUACUGCUUCAUCGAGAACCUGUAUCAGACCCGAAGGCUGCAGAGGCCCGAGUACAACGUGCUGAGCGAGUGGUUUGAUUGGCUGCAGACCACAAAGGAUUUGCAUAUUGACCAUAUAGUGUACCUUCGCAGCACCCCUGAGCAGUGUGAGAAGCGUAUUAUUGCACGCAGCCGUAAAGAGGAGUCUGGGAUACCUCUAGACUAUCUCAGAGAACUGCACCAGAUGCAUGAAGACUGGCUCUUCAGGAGGACGAAGUUUGAACUCCCAGCGCCAGUAUUAGUUCUUGACGCGACUAAACCCCUUGACGAUAUGGUAGAACAAUUCACACUGCUAGAGGAGAAGCUUCAUCUUCAAAAUCUAUGACGGAGUUAUUUCUCGUAGGUAUGUUUAAUUUGUUUUUACCGAGUACCACUUACGACAAUUCACUUUAUAGAGAUACUUUUACAGAAUAGUGUAAAUAGACCGAGAAUGCUAGAUUCAUCAAUUUAGAUUGAUCAUUCUACAAAAAGACUCCUUUACAGUGAAGGGAGAAAUCAGAAGGGGGGGUUCUCCCCGAGGGCUGAGAGCUUUAGAAAUCUCAGCCUCUUCAAAACGACAAUACAGUCAAGACAUUGCCUCUCACUAGGCCUUGUUGAUAAUGCAGUGGGAGGGCUCAGAGUGUGUAAUCUGUCCACCAGUCUCCUCGAGUUUCAAAAUUGUGGGUCAUACAGCCGUUUAUGGAGAAAUGAUAAACCACAGUGGUGGGUCUCACAACUUACACAGGGUCUCCAUUAUGGGGUUUCAAGAGUUUCCUUGUUUUAUGCCUCGCAUUGUUUUUUUACUUCUGUCAACAAAAUACGCUGCAUUGAUUAUGCAUCAACAAAAAUAGUGAUCUAAGAGAGAUUUCUCUGAGGCAGAUUUAUCAAUGACCUGAGAGUGCCCACUUCGUAAAAAUGGUUUCAAGUCUGUAAUUAAUUUGUACUCUUUCUCUGCAGUUAUACAUGGAAACAAAACAGGUUGAAUGAAAAAAAAAAUCACAUUUCACUUUGGCAGCGAACGCAUUUGCAUUUUAAAGUGAAAGGGUGGUCAGCUGAAAUGUUGGGGAAAAAACGGUUGCUUGACAAGAAACAAAUAUGGAAAUUUUCCCAGCAUACAACCCCAAAAGUGCCAAAAUGUCCUGUAAAAUAGAAAACAAAACAUUGGAAGUAGAGUUAGUGAAAAACAAAGGCUCAUUUAAACUGCUGUAGUCAAAUAAUUACUUUGCUACAAUUUUUUUAUAAGGGGGAAAGAAUGCGGAGUGACAAGAUGUUGUUCUGUUGUUGCUCAAUUAAACCAGAAAGCUAAUCUGUUGGAGCCAAGAUUUUAAAGGAUCCAGGAAAUGAAUUUUUCUUAGAAUCACUUUUUG